CAGUUGAAGAGUACCUAUGAUAAAAAUUACAGUCUUCUACAUGCUUUGCAAGUGGGAAAACCUGAAAAAUCAACAGUGUAUCAAAUACUUGUUCUCCCCACUGUACCUGUUGAUGUACUUUGUAUAUAUUUCAUGCUCAUAUUUUCAUUUGUUUUACUCAGAGAUGCCCUUGGGAAAACAAUCUGAUCUGAUCCAUAAAGUGGCGACCAUGGCAGCUGCUAAAGACGUUCUUCUGGAAACUCUGGAGGAUUUAAAUGAACCUGAAUUCAUGGAGCUAAAACUGUUAGUGCAGUUCACAAACUUCCAGAGAAAUAUUCCACUAAUAUCAUGGCAUGAACUGGAUUAUGCAGACAAAACCAGAAUGGUGGAUCAUCUGGUUGAUAAAUGUGGUAAACAAUCAGUGGAUGUAAUCAGGGAGGUUCUGUUGGACCUGAACAGAACUGAUCUGGCGCUGAGGCUGUCUGAGACCAGCUCAACAUCUAAAGAGAAACUUUCCAUGAAGCUGAACUCUGCUUUUCUCCAGAAAGUGGAAAAGUUGGAGUUUGUGAUGGAGCUGCUGCUGGAAACUCUGGAUGAGCUUCAUGAAGGAGAGAUCUGGUGGUUCCUGGAAAUCACACACAGGAAAUUUCUCCAUGACAGUGGAUUCAUACCGUUUUGGGCUUUCCCAAAUGUGCGAUACAUUGUGGUGGUUUUUGUUCUGACUUAUUUCCACCGGUCAGUGAAGAAGACCCUGGAUGCUUUAAAGGAGAUGAAGAAGGAUGGUCUGAUGAAGAAGCUGUCAGACAGAAGCUCAGGACCUAAAGAGAAACCUUCUGCAGGUCGACAUCGUUCUGCUCUGAUCCACAAAGUGGCGACGAUGGCAGCUGCUAGACAGCAACUCCUGGAAACUCUGGACAAAUUAACCCGGAAGGAAUUUUUGGGAAAGUUUAAAGGAAAUUUAUCAAAGUUUUCACCAAGAUUGAUGUUCAUAACACAGAGAGCAGAACUUGUUGAUGAGAUGAUGGAGGAGUUUGGCCAGCGGUCGGUGAAGAUGAUCAAAGAUCUUCUGAUUAAAAUAAACAGAAAAGAUUUGGCUGAGAAUCUUCAAGAAACUGGUGAAUCCUCAGGGAACGAAGACGAUUUUCAGGAUCCAUCAGAAUCAGAUGUUCAUCAGAAUCUUUCUGAGAUUCUUCAAAAGUUGAACAGGAAGCCUUUGCUGAGAUUCAAGUCAUUUCUUCAGUUCACCUGCUUUGAGAAAAGUCUUCCACAAAUACCAGAGUCCAGUCUAGAAGAGGCGACCUCGACACAGAGACUGGUGGAUCUGAUGCUGAAGGAGUUUGGUCAGCAGUCAGUCCAGAUGGCCAGAGAGGUUUUAAUGGACGUGACUGAUCUGGAGAGCAGGUUUAAAUCACAAGAUAAACUUUCUGUUGCUGAAGAACUGUCACUGGACCAGAGGAUAGAAAAACUGAGCAGUGAUUUUAACCUGCUGUUGGAAACACUGAAGGAUCUGAGUGAUGAUGAGGUUCGGGAGUUUAAAAGACUCCUGAGAGACUCUGACUACAGGAGCUCUUUGUCCAGACAUCAGUACAGUCUGCAGGAGACGAGUUAUCCAAGGAAGAUGUUUGGAUAUUUUAGACAUGAAGACCUGGAGAAACAGCCAAUGUGGAUGGAAAGUAAAAACCUGCAGGAUGUUGUGAUUUUCAUUAUUCAGACUCAUAGAAAAGAGUCUAUAAUGGUGACCAGAGAUGUUUUAGAGGACAUCAACAGGAUGGAUUUGGUCCAGAGGCUCAGCAGCAGCUCAGCCUCCAGAGAGAUGCCCUUGGGAAAACAAUCUGAUCUGAUCCAUAAAGUGGCGACCAUGGCAGCUGCUAAAGACGUUCUUCUGGAAACUCUGGAGGAUUUAAAUGAACCUGAAUUCAUGGAGCUAAAACUGUUAGUGCAGUUCACAAACUUCCAGAGAAAUAUUCCACUAAUAUCAUGGUAUGAACUGGAUGUUGCAAACAGAACCAGAAUGGUGGAUCAUCUGGUUGAUAAAUGUGGUAAACAAUCAGUGGAUGUAAUCAGGGAGGUUCUGUUGGACCUGAACAGAACUGAUCUGGCGCUGAGGCUGUCUGAGACCAGCUCAACAUCUAAAGAGAAACUUUCCAUGAAGCUGAACUCUGCUUUUCUCCAGAAAGUGGAAAAGUUGGAGUUUGUGAUGGAGCUGCUGCUGGAAACUCUGGAUGAGCUUCAUGAAGGAGAGAUCUGGUGGUUCCUGGAAAUCACACACAGGAAAUUUCUCCAUGACAGUGGAUUCAUACCGUUUUGGGCUUUCCCAAAUGUGCGAUACAUUGUGGUGGUUUUUGUUCUGACUUAUUUCCACCGGUCAGUGAAGAAGACCCUGGAUGCUUUAAAGGAGAUGAAGAAGGAUGGUCUGAUGAAGAAGCUGUCAGACAGAAGCUCAGGACCUAAAGAGAAACCUUCUGCAGGUCGACAUCGUUCUGCUCUGAUCCACAAAGUGGCGACGAUGGCAGCUGCUAGACAGCAACUCCUGGAAACUCUGGACAAAUUAACCCGGAAGGAAUUUUUGGGAAAGUUUAAAGGAAAUUUAUCAAAGUUUUCACCAAGAUUGAUGUUCAUAACACAGAGAGCAGAACUUGUUGAUGAGAUGAUGGAGGAGUUUGGCCAGCGGUCGGUGAAGAUGAUCAAAGAUCUUCUGAUUAAAAUAAACAGAAAAGAUUUGGCUGAGAAUCUUCAAGAAACUGGUGAAUCCUCAGGGAACGAAGACGAUGGAACAUCUUUAAUGGGCAUGACUGAUCCGGACCAAAUGCAGCUGGAGACUGCACACAAAUCACAAGCUACUUCAACAGAGAUGGAUCCUUCAGGUUAUGGAGGUGUGGAGCAGGACUCCAGCAGCUGGACCAAAGUGGACCCUGAGCUGGACGGGACGUCUCCAGAUGAAGAUCCAACUUACAGCCUCCAGUCUGCAGCGGGCCGCUUUGAAUGCAGCGUCUCUGGUCUGCGUUGGGUCUGCAGGGAGAAGGUGGGCUUUAGGUACCGGUUCUGCUCCUGGUAUGGACACAUGGAGAGGAUGGAGGGCAGAGGAUACCGGCCUGCUGGUCCUUUACUGGACAUCUCUGUCCUUACUGGGAAGGUGAUGGAGGUGCAGCUGCCACACUGGGUCUGCAUCGACGAUGUUCCUGAGUUACUGAAGAACUUUGCUGUCCUCCAUGUUAACGACUGUGGAGACGUUUUGGAGAAAGCGACCCGGGUCACAAAGACCCAUGUCGGGUUAACAGAACCAGUUUUCUCUUUGCUGGGAGCUCUGAUAAAUGUCUUAUUUCCUCCAAGAAUCUCCUGCAACACAUUAAUAUACUAUCAGCCCAAAACAUCCUACCUGAAAAUGCGCUUCUACCUGAUUCCACUGGAUCCUGCUCUGAAACAGUCGGUCCACAGCAGAGAAUCCUCCAAGGGAUACGAAGAAAUCAUGAAGCCCCGACCAGACAAGCCUCUGAAGAUGGGCUGUGGUUUCAGCCUCCAGGCCACCGUACAGACGGCCAGAAUCCAGCCACCGGAAAUCACUCUGAGGCACGACAGCCUGGACCCGAACUUCUACGAGCUUUUUAUUAAGAAUCCAGGUGAAGGCUUCAACCUGGAGCUGCUGCAGACUCAAUCAGAGAAAGUUUGGUUCUGUGAGAUUAGGAAAGAUGAUCAUCCUAAAUCUGGCUCCACUGAAGCCAGAGGAUGUUCAACAGAAACUGUUACUGUGAAGAAAGAAGAGGAACAUUUUGUGGACAAACACAGAGAGACACUGAUCCAGAGAGUGAGGAACAUCGGACCCGUCUUAGAUGGACUUUUACAGAAGAAAGUUCUGGUGGAGGAAACCUACGACUGGAUCCGAUCUCUGCCGACCUCUGAGUCUCAGCUGAGGGAGAUCUUCUCCUGCCUGAAAGCUGCUGAGGACUGCAAAGACAUUUUCCUCUCCAUUCUUCAGGAAAAAGAGCGAUACCUGAUCACCGACCUCCAGAGUAAAUGUUGAGGAGGAACCAGGGACGGAUCUAAGGGUGGCCCAGUGGGUUCUGGUUCCUGCUGGCAUGAUGUUACUUUUUAAUGAGUAAAAACUGAAAGAUUUUACAUUUUUAAAGGUUUUCAUCAGCUGAUCUAACAAAGGUUGUUAAAGUGGAAGGGAGAUGAAAGGUGUCGGUCGGGUCCAGACUGAAGUUCUGACCGACUUCCUGUCUCCUGGAUUUGAACAAGGCAUCAGCCAAUCACAUUCUACCACAACUGAAGAAAUGUUUUUGAGAUCAGUUUGGUGAUAUUUUAUUAAAAUCUUACUUAAAAUAAAAUGACAAAAUCUAAAGGCAGAUUCAGAUUUUAAAGGCUCAACUGGAUCAAUCCAAACAAACAGUUAAAGUGACAUUAUAUUCAAAAUAUCAAAACAAAAGAUCCUUUAAACCAGCAGCACUGAUUCAUUGUUAAGCUGCUGGAUAUGUUUCAUUGUUAUUGUGUUUGGUGAAUAUUGGCAUCAUUAUGAUUAUUACUGAAAAUGAUUAAGCAUGUCGGUUUUUGAAAACAAUUUCAAACGUUAUAGCGAAUUAUUAAAAUAUAACAAAGAAAAAAGAAAAUAAAAUGAAAAUAUAUUUUCGUAUUCAGUUAAUCCAUGGCUCAUCACAGUAUAUUACAGUGGAGCUAACAAACAGGGCCGGUUUACAGCAUAGAGAGACUUAAAUAGAUCUACCUGCAGGUAAAUCUCAGCAGGUAGAUCUAUUUAAGUCUCUCUGUGUUAUGCCGAGAAUUGCAUGCCCUGUCGCGGGAGCACGCAUCGCUCUAAACCAGGGGUGGAAAUCCUGGUCCUGGAGGUCCGGUGUCCUGCAACUCUUAGACGUCUCCCUGGUCCAACAGACUUGAAUCCAACAGCUGAAUCUCCUCCUAGUGCA